AUGUCAACUUCACAAGGAGUCAAUGUAAGCGGCUCGCGAUCAUUCAACUUCCAAUCCCUCUCGCACCGCAAUAUGCUGGGGUCUGAAGCUGACGUCCCACAGGUACUGCGGUACUCGGCCCUCCUUGCGGGUAUUGUCUACGGCUUUUCGCACCAACGAACGAUCAGCUCCAAAACCGCAGCUGCACAUGCGCAAGCGGAGUAUCAACACAAGCUCGAUUUAAUAGAGAAAGCCAAGCUGGAAUGGGCUAAGAAGACACUUCCUCCUCAAGCAAAGACGGCCAGUGGUGACGUAAUUACGGAUCCGAACGAUAAAAAUUUCGACCUUGAAGCCUAUCUGACGAAGCUUGCGGCGGAGAGUUGA